GUGCCGACAGACGCCAUUGUUCUGUGGACGCCAUUUGCCGCAUAGAAUAUUCAGCUUGAUCGAUUAGUUUUAUGAAAUACAACUCUAAUCAUAUUUAAAUCGCGUACAUUAGUGCAUUUUCGUUAAAGUGUAUCCAAUAUUAGUCUCCCUAUGAGUUACUACAGACCUAGUUUCAGUCAGAGCCUAGCAAUGACGAGAGGCAGAGGCUUCUCGCCAAGAGGCAGCUCAUAUCGUGGCAGCCCUAGAGGAGGUUCUUCUUGGGGUGGAGGUGGUAGAGGAACAUACUCUCCAAGAGGUGGAAGAUCUAUGUCUCAUUCCUAUGAUAACAGAUCUAAAUUUUCUGGGGAUCGUUUUUCAAGCUCCAGACCCUCACAAGAUGAUUAUAGAAGAUCUGGUUACAGGGACAAUAGUUAUUCAGGACGGGAUAGAUCGCCAGAUCGCAAACGUAUAAGGACUGAGGCCCCUAGUUCACGACACGAAGGAGGAUACGGAGGUGGCGGCGGCGGCUAUGGCGGCUCGAACCGUUACGAAUCUUCGUAUUCGGAUCGGCGAAGUUACUCGUCGAACGAUCGUCACGGUUCGUUAUCGAGAAGAGACGAUUUCCACAGGCCCAUGAGCAGGCCGCCCCCGUCAAGAGGCGGCUACAGAGGCCGCCUGAGCUCGUCGAGGGGCGGCGGACGCUCGCGCAUUAUGAGAGAGCGGCCCCGAAGGAGGCUGAUUGAUACUUCGUAUAACGUUCACAAACGGAUCGUGCCAAGAACGGGCGACUUCGCACGAAGACUUAAAAUAUCCAAAAUGAGGAGCGCUAUAGCACGUCGUGUGGUUCCCAAGAAGGAUAAGAAGGAAGCUAAAGAAGGCGAAGAAGAUAAGGAGGAAAAAGAAGACGAAGAGAAGGAGGAAGGAGAUGACAGCAAGACCGAAGAAAAGUCCCCCAAGAAAGAAAAAGAUAAGGAGAGCGAGUCCGAAGGUGAAAGCGGCGAGGAGAAGAAAACGCUCGUGAGGCCUCGCAUCAAACUUAUGUGUCCUCAUUGCAAUCUACAAGCUUACACUUUCAGGAAAUACGAUAUGCACUUGUCGAGUCGCACCCACUUGGUGAUGAUGCGCAGGAUCGCAAUCAAGCAGAAGUCGAUUUUGGCGCAGAUGCGCCAAGCGCAACGCAACAAGCAAAACGAGCUCGAGAAGAGUUCGGAGGACUUGCAACCGCGCACCAACUUUUGCCCGCUCUGCAAGCUUAACUACAAGCAGCGCAAAUCGGUGCACCAGAGUUCAGAGGCGCACAAGAACAUGAAAAAGUUCUUGAUGCCAUACUGUAAGGUGUGCAAUAUUACGUUUAAGAGUCCCAUGAUCUACGAGAGUCAUUGCUGCUCCAUUGAGCACAUCAAGAGAAAACAACGAGUUGAAAAUGGCAGCGAUAAUUCUGCUGAAGAAGAUAAUCUAGAAAACUUCACCACCAUUGAUUCUGUGGGCGACAAUGAUGAAGUUGAAGAGAAAAUCGACGAAGAAAAGGACGAAAAAGAAGCCAUAGACGUGGGAAUUGAGCAGGUCCACAAAGUCGAGGCCCACUACUGCGAUUUGUGCAAGAUGUAUUUGCCACGCGCUGACGAGACCGACAUGCCGAAAAUCAUUUCGAGACAUUGCAAACAGCGCGUCCACAUGCAGCGCUACGUUCGCUUCAAGGACCUCGAGAAACGCGCUGAAAGAUUGCAGCGCAAGGAGACCGCCGAAAAGGAGGCAAAGAAGAAGGAAGGCCAUAAGGAGGGAGAGGAGAAGAAGGACGCGGAGAAUGGCAAGAUUGAUAAGGAGGAGGAGGAGGUUGACGAUAAAAUCUGGGAAGAUGUUGAGAAAGAUAUUGGAGACAUUAUUGCUGAAGCUGAAUCUGGCAACAAAAGCUCUGAUGAGGAUGAGGAUGAUACCCACCUUAACGGAGAAAGGUAUGACAGAUUUAAGUUGAGUGAGAAGAACGGAGAUGAAGCUCCCAAGAAAGAGGGAGAAAAGCCUGCUGAAGCAGUAGCCGAAAAAGUUAAAGUUGAGGCUGAAGAAGUUAAAUAAUUUAGUCAUAGUAACUAUGUAUGUAAUAUUUCUUGUCUAAGAAAACUUACUUAAUUUUAGAUUUUGACUUAUUAUUAUUGAAUAAUCAAUAUUAUUUUAUGUGAGUAUGUAGUUGUAUGUCAUGAAUAUAAACAAUAAAUGGUUAAAAGUUAAACCUAC